AUGAAGAUAAAAAAGAAUGUUUUUUUCUUAUUUUUUGAUAAAAGAUAUUAUAACCCUCCUAGUAAAAGAAAAUGGAGUAAACAAAAUGAUAAAUAUAAAACGAGAAGACCAUUAGCAGAAAAAUUUAAUAUACAUAAAAUUAAUAUAAAAGGAGAAUAUUGGAAACAAAAGCAUGUAAAUAAGCAAUUUGUAGUAGAAAAUGAUAAUAUAGAUAUGAUAAACGAAAAAACUAGCUUAAAUUUUUUUGGUUAUCCAAAUAUAUCUUUACAUAACAAAUUGGGUGGAAGCUUAUAUAUUGAGCAAAUGGAUGAAAUCACAUUAUGCGUAAUUAUGAAUAAAUGUAUAAAAGAAAAUAUAUAUGAUAGUUUUAUAUGGAAAAAUUUAUUAAAUAGAUGUACUAGAAUAAUGAAUAAAAUGAAUGGGAAUAUUUUAAGCUAUAUUUUUAAAUAUUCUUCACAAUCUCACUAUUAUAAUCACUAUUUUUUUAUUACUAUGAUUGGCAAUAUAUCCUCAAAUUUAUAUUCUUUUAAUUUAAAAAAUUGCUCAAAUGUAUUAUUUGCAAUGAAUAAUAAUAGUGACUUUUAUAAUGAAGAAAUAUAUAAAAAAAUUAUUGAACAUAGUUCACUGCUUAUUUUAAAUAGGAAUGAUAUUGAUGUUAAUGACAUUUUAUCUAUUAUAAAUUCUUUUUACAUUUUUAAAAAUAGGAAUACAAAUGAAAUAAAUAAUUUGGAUUCUUAUAAUAUUUAUAAAAAUGUAAAUUAUGCAUACUUAUUAUUUGAUAGUAUUUCUAAAACCUUUAAGAGAUAUGAUUUGGAUCUAUGUGAAAUUGAUUAUGUAUGUUCUUCUUUAUUAUCCCUUUGCUUACUGGAUAGAAUAAAUUUGUUCUUUCAAGAAAGAAAUAGAAAUGUUAUAAAUAAAUUAAUAAAUUAUCUAAAUAAUAACAUGGAAAAGUUAAAUAUUAAACAUAUUUCUGUUUUGUGUUUUGCAUCUUGUGUUUUUAAAAAUUCAGAGAAUCUAAAAUGGAAGAAUAUAUUUCGCAAAAUAGAAAAAGAAUGUUAUUUAUUAGAUGAUAAUUAUAUAAGUAUUUUAGCAUAUUCAUUAAAAGGAAAAAUAUUGGAGAAUAAGAAUAUAUAUAAUAUUAUUUAUAAUAAAAUUUUUGAUACAUUAAAUUCAGCUUCAUUAGAGAAUUUAAGUUUAAUAACAUAUUCUUUUUUAAAAUACAACAAUAUAAACAAUAUCUACGUUAAUAAUGAAGAAACGAAAAUAGAAGGAAAUAAUAUAGAAAAUGAUGAAAAAAUAAAAGAAGAAAAGAAAAAACGUAAUUAUUUGUUUAAAAAAGGAGAUAAAGAAGGAAAUUUUAAUUAUUCUUUUAAUUUAUUUAAUGAUUUUUUAUAUGGUAAGAUAAAAUAUAAUGCAAAUAAUUUUAGUAUCUUUCAAAUAUUUUUAAUUUUUAAAGGAUUAUCUGAAACUAAAUUACAAAAUAAUAAAAUUGAAGAUUUAAAAGUAAUUUUAUUAGACCAUAUAUGCAAAAAUAUUUAUACAAUACCUAUAUAUUUACUAUCUUAUUUUAGCAAAAUCAUUACAAAUAGCUCAAUAAAAGAUAAGGAAUUAAUAAACUCGAUAAAAAAUAUAAGCUUAAUAUAUUUAAAUAUCUAUAAAUAUUUAUAUAUAGAAGAUAGUGAUUAUGUGAUUAAUGCAAACUUUUCUUUGAUAGAAGAAUACUACAGUACUGUUAAUAACGAAAAUAAGAUAAAAAGUGAUAUUACAUUCCUAUAUAAUGAAAAAAAAAAAGAAAUUACUUAUUUAUCGGAAAAAUAUUUAAUAAAUCACGAAUUGUUCAAAAGAAGAUUUAAAUAUUUAAAUGAAAAUUUUAAUAUAUCAAAAGAACAAAUUGAAAAAAUAUUUCAAUUUUCAAAAAAUUAUUUUUUUAAUUAUUAUUUGAAAGAAAAACAUCUAGCCAAUUUUUUUUAUUUUUGCACACUAAUGGAUAAAGAAAACGCAAAUAUUUAUUUUAAUGAAAUUAAAACUAUAAUAUAUGAUAAAAUAAUAAACAAACAUUUAAAAUUUUGUUCAUCCAGUAUUUUAUAUAUUUUUAAGACAUUAGAUCAAAUGAAUAUGAUUCAAAAACAAAACAAAUUUUUUAAUAUAUUAUUAAAACAAUUAUGUGAUGAGAUAUUUUCUAUUAAUAUUUCUAUUUUUUUUCAGCUUCUUAUAAUAUUUUAUAAAAAUAAAAUUUCUCAUUAUUACUUUUUAAAGAAAGCAAAAUAUAUAAUUAAUAUGAACAAGUAUGAAUUAAGUGAAAACACAUUAAUAAACAUGAAUAACAUGAUUUUCGAAUUGAACAAGUUACUUUAUUAA